AGGCAUCUUCGGUUGCCUCCUAUGUUUAGGUCCCACCGUCGCUUCCGUCGGCGCUACAUUUAUGCUAGCUAGCAUCAUUAGCACCCCUUAACAGGAGAACAGUGGUGUUACUAGUGUCAGGCAUCGAGGAUAUCGUACGCUAAAGUAACAAGACAAGUCAUCUGCCCCCUGACCAACACCAGAGGCCGCAGGGAGGAGACAGAAUUCUCAUAUGGUGUGAAAACGCUUCAAAUAGGAUGCUGUAAUAUAAACCAACACUACCACCCCUCCUCCCCCCACAAGAGGACUGUUUUUAGUUUAAAUUGUUGUACCAAUGGAGGAGGAAUCAUUGCCGCCUUCUGGGAGCGACCCUGUGGGAAAAGAUGUUGAACAAAGCGCAGAGGAGACCACAGAAAAACAAGAUAGAGCAGAAAAACCUGCAUGGGAUCCUGUUGGACAAACCCAGGAAGAGGAGGAGAAGCCAAUAAAGGACGAAAAAAAGGACCAUGUUGAUAAUCCUCCUGUUGACUGGCUGGAACCACUUGAAGAUGACGAGCAAAGUGAUGGUGAUGAGGAAAGCUUGGCAGGAGAAAGCGAAAAGAGUCAUAGUUUUGGGGGCAGUGAAAAUGCCUUUAAACAAACGAAGCGUGCAGGAAACCGACGCAACGGAGGCUUUAUACGCAAGCGUUCACGUCCCGAAGAAGGCUGGGUCGACGUCCCCGAUCUUGGAGCGGGCUGGAAACGGAAAGAGGUUAUCCGGCGCUCCGGUUGUAGCAUCGGCCAAAAGGAUGUAUAUUAUCUCAGCCCAGAUGGCGAUCGGGUGAGGAGCAAAGUCGAGCUGAUGGCGUUGCUUGUGGGAGUUGACAUGUCAAAUUUUGACUUUAAAGCGGGGAGGUUCUACAAUGGCCAAGGACAGAAACCUCGAGGCAGAGGAAAGAGGAAAAUGCAGGACCGCAGCUACACUGAAUCAAGCUGGAUGAACACGGGAGACGGGACGGACACUCCAGACUCCCCCUACGUCCCUCCCAACGACUGGCCCAAAGAUGUAUGUUCCGACCAAACGCCUUUCUCCGAGCAGAGCACAAUGGGGAAUUCUUAUCACCCCCAAAAUGCCGGCAAUGACAAUGUGGUACCCAGUAUUAAAAUUAAGAUUCAUCGACCGCCGUCAUCUCGACCGCUGCCUUCAAUAAACGGGGAAAUGGCCACAGACGAAAAUCAACUGAAAUGUUGGCGAUGCGGUGUGCUCUUUAUUGGCACUUGGUACGAUAGGCAAAGAAAGAGGCCCUUCUGUCCGCCAUGUUGGGCCUCAAAAGCAAAUGAACACCCAAUGGUUCGUUUCCGGAAGUGGUUUCCGUGCGGGCAGUGUGUGGGAUGUCGGACCACAGCAAACUGUGGCCAGUGUGCCAACUGCAAGAAUGGACUGCAAGGACCAGAGAACAGAAAACGAGUGUGUCGAAUGCGCAAAUGCAUCUGUCCUAUUCGCAAGGGCUCUGAAAGUGAAGACCUCCUCCCACAGAAAAUGUCACAAAGUGACAUUUCAGAAUUCCUGGACGAUAGCAUGAGUUUUCAGAGGGAAAUUCAAGACUUACAGCACCAGAGUUUAGACCAGAGUCUAAAAAGCAGUGACACCGAGAACUUUUCUGCUAUUAUGGACUUCGAUGAUGAGGAGGACUUGUCAACCGACGACGAUGAUGAUUGGCAUAAGAAGCGUAAACGGCGCGCUUGUGGAAAAUGCAACGCGUGUCUCUGCAGGAAGGACUGCGGCACGUGCGAUUUCUGCGUGGACAAACCCAAGUUUGGUGGCAGAAACAAAAAGAGGCAGAAGUGUCGCCUGCGACAGUGUCAGAGGCAGGCGAUGAGGCACCUGCUGCCCUUCCAGAUGACCCACGCCGAUUGCAAGUCCGCCGACCCGUCGCUGCCAGGCCGGCCAAGGCCUCACUACACGUACAGUCGAAAGACAAAUUCAAAGAAGAAUAAAACCACAUUCCCCUUGGAGUUCUCCGACGAUGACUUGCCAGACAUGGGUUGGGGCUCCGAACCUUCCAGCAGUAGCAAAUUCUUGGACAUCAACCCGAAACCCGACUCUUCUAAACAGUUAGUUCGUUCCAAUUUGGAAGAUCAAGUUCGAAUGGCAAGACCAGAUAUUGACCGAAGCAGCCAUAAAAGUUCUCAUCAGGAAGUGCUAAAUGAAUGGGAUGAAGAUGAUUCCCACCCUGACACGGACGUUCCACUACAAAUAGAAGAUGAGGAAGAGUUGCCAAUGAUCACGCAGAUCUUCAGUUUGGCUGAUAACCCUGCCGUCAGCACGGAGGAACUCGACGAACACCUCAAGAAACUGCUGGCCUCUUUGCGCGACACAACACUGCCCAUCCUGUGGUACGCCAUCAUGGCGGAGGGCCCACAGCUUCAGCUCAUCCAAUGUGCCAAACAGUCCAGCAUGUCGGACACCGUCGUGCUGAUCGACCCGGGCUUCUUCUUCCAGAUCACCGUCCAAAAUCAACCGCUGUCACCCACUCACCCGCUCUAUGACGAUUACCCCCCCAAGCUGACCUCUGUGACUGAAGUGGUCACUUUGCUUUUGGGCCUGGAGAACUACGUUCUGUGCCAGGGGCUGCCCCCCCGACGGCCGUUGUCCAGUAACGGCCCCAUCACAUUGGAGCGAGCCUCGACGUGCGAUUUCUUAGUGGAGAGAAACGUGGACAUCUGCUCGAACUGCAAGUUGCUCCGCGGAUGAGGAUGUUGGACCUCAGACCGAGAGGGCGCUGUUGCAUUAUGGAAUUCUUCUGCCCUGGAAUGCUGGGAUUGAAGCGUCACCAAAAGCAUUCCGUGGACGUUUUUUCUUUGAACAUCUGAAUUUGGGCAGGGUGAUGGCCCCCUAUGUGUGGUAAGUGGUGCUGGCCGAUCCACUUUUACUUGAGGAAGCAAUACCCCCGUCCCGUUUUGGAAUAUUUCCACUUCUCUUGCCCCACCUAUGCCUCAGGUGUGACGAUCCCCGAUAAUUCCCUGUUGUAGCUUUUUUACCAAAAGGUUUGGGUGGGGUUGUGUCUUUUGUCUACUGGAUUAUUGAUAUCAUUCCAUAUUUUGUAAUCACGUCACCAAGAGCUUUAUAAAGGUAUCUCCAAUAUAUCCCUGUCUUACUAAAUUCAUCUAUACAUUUGGCCUGAUUUGACACAAUUUGCUAGUAUGUGCAUAUACUGUACGAUGAUAGGAUCAUUAUCAGGAUCUGAUCCAGAUCGCAGCAAUCCCGUUUCACAUGGAAUAUUCCACUCUGCAUGUUCACAGGCUUGGAUAUGCAGCGUGUUCAAUCUUAACAGAUACAGUUGUUCUUACGCAACAUCUUGGUACGUUCUGAAUUGGAGGCCGUGGUCUUGUAGCCUUUAUGAUUCUAGAUCAGGGGUGGGCAAACUUUUUGACUUGCGGGCCGCAUUAAUUUAACAAAAUUGACGGGGG